AAAAUAACUCCAAGUCACGUGAUAACCAAGCAUAACACGGGAAACAAAAUAACUAUGGCGAACAUAAGAGUUGAUAGUCAUUCAACAGUGAAAAUGUAGAAAAAUACUCCCAAAAAAACCUUAAUAUGGCAUCUCAGCCACAAGGCCGAGCAAAGCCAAAGGCUCCAAAAGCUCCUAAAGCAAAGAUCCUGCAAGCUUUGCGAAACGUUCAUACAGAACAGCUGGCUAAACUCCAGCAGAAAUACCAAUUUGAGCAGGAUCUAUUGGAGGAUAUCAGAUCUUACAGUAAACAGAGGUCGGCUAUCGAGAAGGAGUAUGCUCAGAAUUUGCAAAAGCUGAACAACAAUUUCAUACAGAAGCAAGAGUUUUUAUCUUCAAAAGAGAAAGAUAUUACUUACAAAUCCCCAGAGGCUGUUUGGAAAACAUUUCUUGAGGAGUCUGAGAAUGCUAGUAAGAAAAGGUUGGAAAUUGCUGAAGGACUGCAGGCACAAGUUGGCAAUGAAAUCAAAACCUUUAAAGCAAAUAAAGCUCAGGUUUUUAAAAAGUGUUCAGAGAUGAUACAGAAAGUACAAGAAGAGUUAUUCGAAACGAUAAGAGAAAUGUCCAAGUCGAAAAAGAACUAUAUGGAAGCUGAGAAGCUAGCUCAAGUAGCUGGUGAACAAGCUGCUGAAGCCGAAGAUAAAUACAAGAAACAAAAUACAAAGUUCUUUCAGUCUAAAGCAACACUUGGCAAAAAUUUUACCAAGAGCUCUAGUCGGAAGGAAGCUUGUGAAAAGAGAGCCACCAUGGCUAGAAAUGAAUAUCUUCUCAACCUUGUGGCUUCAAAUGCUCACGUAGUGCAAUACUACUGCACAGAUCUUCAAAGAAUAAUGGAUUCAAUAUAUGGAGAUUAUUAUGAAACAGCUAGGACAUAUUUACUAACAAUGGGCAAGUUAGAAGUUGAGGCUGCUACAACUUCAAAAAAUGGGUUUGAAAAUUUGUUGUCUGAGGCAGAAAGGAUUAAUAAAGACUACUGUGUUCAGUGUUUCCUCACCAAAAACAAUGUGUUCACUGAAGUUAUUCGUUAUGACUAUGAACCUUGUAAACAUGAUGAGGUAUCAACAUUAACCUUGGACAGGAAUGCUGGUUUAGUUCUGAAUAAAGAGGCUCGUAAGCUAGCCAUGAGAGUUGUUAGAGAACAGAAGAACAUCAAGGAAAAACAAAGAGCUCUUAGUGGAUUAAAAUCAUCUGAUACUACUAGUGAGAUACCUCCAACAGGGGACCCAAACCAAGGCCCUGAGGAAAACCCAGACACCAUACGAGAAGAAAUCAGACAUUCUGAAUUGAUCAAGUUAAAGUCUGAAGCUUGUCUUGACCUUCUAAAAGAAGCAGGAGUCAAUGUUGAAGAAUGGCUCAAGAGUGCAAACUCAUUGUCUCCAAUGGGUGAACAAGGUCUCAGUAGUUCUCAAACCUCUCUAGAUUCUGAGAAUCCAUCAGAAAAUGCAGAGUGGAUGGAUGACGAAUGGGAUGCGGAUGAUACAUUUGUAGGGGACUACGAGUCUGAUGAAGAUGCUCAAAGCAUCACAUCUACAGGAUCAUUUCCAUUACCUUGUGUUGCGCUGUAUAACUUUGAGGCUUCAACGUCAGAUGAACUAAAUAUUGUAGAAAAUGAAGAGUUAGAAGUUUUAGAAAGAGACUGCGAUGGUUGGUGUAAGGGUCGAAACAAAAAUGGAGAGCAAGGUUACUUUCCAGAAUCGUACGUACGAUUUCGAAGUAAAAAGCGCCCCUCCUUGGUGUCGAAUCACAGUGGUUCAGGUCACAGUGGCUCAGGUCACAGUGGCUCUUUUACAAAUGGAAGCCUUGGAACAUCACCAGGCAGAACUAGUUACACARCCACGACUCAGCAACCAGAUUAUAUAUGUAUGGUAAGGGCUUUGUUUGAUUACGAAGCGGUCGGAGACGACGAGAUCUCUUUCAAUGAGGGAGACCUCAUCUAUGUUACUAGAAAAGAUGACAAUGGCGUUGAUGAUGGGUUUUGGGAAGGACGCAUAGACGGCAGAUUUGGGAUGUUCCCCUCUCUUGUAGUAGAAGAAAUCGAAGGAUCAGACCAACAGGCUUCCGUUCAGCAACCCCAAGAAUCAACAUACUCGGUACCACAGACCACUAACAUCUCUAAUACACAAAAAGUAGACGAUUAUAUUGAGCUACCCAAGGACUAUGUYCCUGGGUGUGGCACAUACACGGACUCCUAUACCACAGCUGCAAGCAACCCAAGCCCUGGCAACAGUCCUCGUUUACAGCCCAAACGAAAGGCACCACCCCCACCAUAUGCCAAGACCAGGAAGGAGCCUCUAUCUUCAAGCAGCAACAACCUUGACUCUGUGGAUCGACGGCGCGUUCAGACUGAGAAUGUAUUAACGAUGAGUAAACCUGACCGGGGUACGUCGUAUAAUCGGGCCGUAUCGUACGAGUAUCAUGGAAAUAGCGAUCGAAAAACUGUUUAUAGUGCUCAUAGCUCUGACUACGUCAAUGUCUCUGAUAUACCCUCAGAGAGUAGUCCUUGGACUGGGGGUGCCACCCCAAAACCACCCAAACCCCCACCACCCACCAAGUAUAAGAGUAAAUCUUAUGUUUAGGUAAUAAUUGAAAAUUAAUUGUAAUUAUUGAAAUAAUGAAUGAAUAUCUUUCGUGAUUAGCCCAGCUAUCGUAAUAUGGAAUACCAUUUWCACUUUGUUUAUCAUGUGUUUGCGACGUCUUACCAAGAAUUCAAUUUGAAAUAUAUAUGGGAUGUGUACAGCUUUUGAUCUUGUCGCUUUUGGAUAACAUGCACGCCAAUUGAGGGUAAAGUUAAGAAUCUUUCUUUCAAGGUUUCUUUACGUUACUUCAUACGACUUUGAAAUUUUCUUGAGUCAGAGAAACUGCAUACAAAAACAUACACUAUUUGGGCAUAGAAAAAGUUGAUAAUAUCACUUCAAGUUCAAUCGCUUUUUUUUGGUUCAAAAUGUAAACCACUUGGGUUGCUUUGUCUAUAAUUUCCAUUCAUAGAAUCUUAGUUGUCGUUGUCAGCAAUGUCACUUCUGAUAAACUUUGCAUGAAAUUAUCUAGGAUUAAUAAGCACUUCGUGCACUUCUCUGCAUCCCUAAGAGGAAGUGCGAAAUGAGAAGAAAGUGCAUACUCUAUUGCAUGCGGUUAAUGUGGGCAAACACUUUUAUACUGCAGUAAAAAUCAUAUAACCACAACCAUCCAAGAAAAAUAGACUAUAAAGAAAAACGUUGACUGCUUGAAAUAAUUACAAAUAUGAACUUUACGCAUGCUAUGGCAGGCCUUUAAGCCAAUAGUUUGUCUUUAAGGUAUUUUAACUAGAGAACGUUUUUUUAUAUACUUAGUAAUAUUGCCUUUUUGCGUCGUGCAUUUGUUUUUUGGGUGAUUUAUUGAAGUUAAGAGAGCAGUACUUCACAUUGGAAAUCCUGGAUAACUGACCUUCCUUUAGACAUAGACACUAGCUCCACUGUUGCCUUAGACUGGAAGACACUAUUAUUAUUUUGUUGAGGUUAAUUGAUAACGGGUUAAAUGCAAUCACUGUCCCUGCUUAUAAAUAUAGUAAAAUAGACAUUUAUAUAAAAUAUUGAGUAUACACUAUGUGUACUUUUAAAUAAAUYAGUGGUAUUUUAUAUUAAUUCAAACUAAAUAAGAAUGAAAGUCAUUGUGAUCAUUGAAAUUAAGCUUUUUUUUUWAAAAAAAAGAAGUUUUUACCAGUAUUUUAUGAAAUACUUCAAUGUUAAACUUUUGUCAAAAGAUUGCCAUUUUGUAAUAGGACAAAUGAGGAGUCGAAAGCUUACCUUCAAAUGUUACCAUGGGAACUGAAAGGGGGUACGGUAUGAUUAAUAGACCCCUUGCAUGCGAUGUCARUGCAGGCUGAUCAAUUUGGAGGGUAAAUAAAAAAAGAAUUUCAAUCUCCUUAAAAUUGGAAACCUAUUGUUAUGUCCUCCAAAUUGAGCUGCAAGGGGUCUAUAGAUGAUCUUAGCUCUCACUUUGCAUAAAUGAAACUCGUUUGAAUCUUGAUCUUGGCAUUGAAUGCAAGUAAUAGAUAGAUAAGAGUCUCUCUAGUACCACAAGGACUUUUAUAUCCUCAUUCCAAUAUGAACAGUUAUUUCCUUGGUGGGAAAUGGAAAUUCUAGUUCUAAAUCCAUUUUCAUCCAUUCAUUCCCUCCCAUUCAUUUUAUUGUUAUCCAGUCAAAGGAAGCUGUCAAACAUGGCUGCUUUGCAAGACUUCAUCCCUUGACGUUUUCUAUAAGUUUUCUUUGCAAGUCCUAAAUUAAAUUCUGUUUCAUCCUA